UUUAGAUAAUAUAAAUAUUUUAGACAAUGAAAACUGUAUUGAUGGUUGCGGAAAAGCCUUCUCUGGCAUUAUCCAUAGCUAAGAUAUUAUCGAAUAAUAGUUGCAACACACGAAAAGGAGCAUCACAGUCUUGUGCUAUCCAUGAAUACACUGGUACUUUUCAAAGAGAGUCAGUCAGAUUUAAAAUGACAUCUGUUUGUGGACAUGUCAUGGCGCUUGAUUUUAAAGGAUAUUACAAUAACUGGGAUAGUGUGGAACCUAUAGAACUGUUUGAUGCUGCUACACGUAAGAAAGAGGCUAUGGAAAACCUUCAUAUUCCAAAACACCUUGAACAAGAGGGUAAAGGGAUAGAUUACUUGGUACUGUGGCUUGAUUGUGAUAAAGAAGGGGAGAACAUAUGUUUCGAGGUUAUUGACUGUGUUAAGCCAGUAAUGAAAUCAAAAGCUUACAACGAACAGGCUGUAUACAGAGCGCAUUUCUCAGCGAUUACUGAUAAAGACAUAAAGAAAGCUAUGCAGAAUCUUGGUGAACCAAACAAAAACGAAGCAUUAUCAGUUGAUGCUAGACAAGAACUUGAUCUUCGUAUUGGUUGCGCUUUUACAAGAUUUCAAACACGAUUUUUUCAGGGGAAAUAUGGAAAUCUUGACAGUUCACUCAUCUCUUUUGGUCCAUGUCAAACACCAACUCUCGGAUUUUGUGUUGACAGACAUGAUCAAAUUCAAACUUUCAAACCAGAAACAUAUUGGAAACUGCAGAUUACAAUUAAGCCAGGAUUUCAAGUUGAUUGGGACCGUGUGAGAGUAUUUGAUAAAGAAAUAGCCAAUGUCUUCUUAAGUCUUGUGAAAGCAGAAAAAAAUGCAAAAGUUGUGUCAAUUAAAGAGAAAGAAAAAACGAAGCAAAGACCUCAGGCAUUAAAUACAGUUGAACUACUUCGUGUCGCCUCGUCUGCGCUCGGAAUUGGUCCACAGCAAACUAUGCAUUUUGCGGAAAAGUUGUACAUUCAGGGUUAUAUCAGCUACCCAAGAACAGAGACGACACACUAUCCCGAGAAUUUUGACAUCACAGCACCUUUACGACAGCAGUCAUCUAGCUCCAGUUGGGGCGAACAUGUGCGGGAUUUACUGAAGACAGGGUACACCAAACCACGUAAAGGCGCUGACGCGGGUGACCAUCCUCCAAUCACGCCAAUGAAGGCGGCAUCUUAUUCUGAACUUAGUGGAGAUGCGUGGCGUGUGUAUGAAUAUAUUGUACAACAUUUCAUUGGAACUGUUAGUCCUGAUUGUGUAUACAAACAAAAAGUAAUAACUUUUCUUAUCAAUGGAGAAAAAUUUACCUGUGAAGGGAAGACGGUUACAAAACCAGGUUUUACUGCUGUUAUGCCAUGGCAGGCAAUACCACAAGGAGAAAGCUUGCCUCACUUAUCAGAAAAUCAAACUUGUGAAAUACAAGAGACAAAAUUGGUUGAAAAACAAACAUCGCCACCAGACUACCUCACUGAAGCCGAACUGAUUACGUUAAUGGAGAAGCAUGGUAUUGGCACGGAUGCUAGUAUCCCGGUACACAUAAACAAUAUUUGUCAGAGAAAUUACGUCACGAUAGAAUCUGGAAGAAGAUUAGUACCCACUCCCCUUGGUAUUGUGUUAGUUCAUGGUUACAAAAAGAUUGAUCCGCAGCUUGUCCUACCUACCAUGCGUGCUGCAGUAGAAAAGCAGUUGAAUCUGAUUGCAAAUGGGAAAGCUGACUACAGAGCCGUGUUAAGACAUUCCAUCGAUAUCUUUGAACGCAAGUUUGAUUACUUUAUGAAACACAUCGACAACAUGGACCAGUUGUUUGAGUGUUCCUUCACAAAGUUGUCUGAAACUGGCAAACCGAUGACAAGAUGCGGAAAAUGUCGACGCUACAUGAAGUAUAUCGACGCGAGACCAUAUCGGCUUCAUUGUAGCACGUGUGAAGAAACUUAUAACUUACCUCAAGAUGGUUUUGUCAAGUUGUUUCAGGAGUUGAAAUGUCCCCUGGAUGAAUUCGAACUGUUGUUAUGGUCAAAAGACGGAAAUUCAAAGAGUUAUCCUUUAUGUCCAAACUGUUACACUACUCCACCGUUCAAAGACAUGAGCAACAAGAGUGGAUGCAAUCAAUGCACUCAUCCCACAUGUAAGCAUUCAUCCAAACAGCUAACAGUCGCUGACUGUCCUUUCUGUGAGAGCGGGGUGAUCGUUUUAGAACCGUUUACAGCUCCAAAAUGGCGCAUGUCAUGCAAUAAAUGCUCUUCGUGCUGGACUGUCUGUAAAAAUGCUUUGAAGAUACUGAUCUCCACGGAGGAGUGUGAUCAAUGCCAAGGUGCAUUAAUAGACGUCACCUUUCCAAAGGAAAAGACUCCUCUCCCUGAUGGUAGAACGAAAAUAAAAGGAUGUCCAAUGUGUGAUAGCGCGCUUGUUCCGAUGGUAAAAAACAUUAGUUUGAGUGAUAACACCAAUCGCCCAUUUGGUAAUAGAGGACGCGGUCGCGGUCGUGGUGCAAGCCGAGGUGGUCGUGGUGGAACAGGCGGUAGGGGCGCGACCCGUCGUGGUGGUGGACGUGGAAGUGGCGAAAAAGGUGGUGGCGAAAGAGGCGGAAGAGGUGGUGGUGGAAGAGGGCGUCGGGGCAGGGGGCGUGGUGGGAGUCGAGAUAAUGAUGAAAGUUAUUCCAGACCCAAAACUACUCAUAAUUUAGCAGAUUUUUUAAAUUUCUAAUUCAUGAAUUGGAUUUAUUUAUUUCUAAAUUUUUAAAUAUAUACCUUGUGUUAAUUUUUAUUUUGUUACACUUCUCCGUUUACAUCCGUUUCGCCGUGAUUCUGAUUU